AGUCUUGACACAAUUAGGUUUAAGUUCAAGAAAAUCCAAAAUUUCUUGGUCCAAAAGGUUGAAAAUUUAGGUAGUUACAUCAAGCAGUUUAGUGAAUUCAGCCAAUUGUUCAUGAUGGACCAACCACUCAAUUUAAGGGUUUAAAUGAGGCCCCAAUUUAGGGUUUAACAACACAGCCAUGUUAAUGAGACAGGCUGCUUUUGUUCUCAAUCGAACCUGUAAGUUUCUCCCAUUUUUCUUGUUUGAAAAUCAUAACAUUAUUGCUGCUUCACUAAACCCCCAAAUCAAUUUCCCAUCAAGAAACUUAAUUCUCAACAAAAUCUGCCAACUCAGAGACUCUUUAAUCCCGUUCAGUAGGGUAUUUGAAAGUACAUAUAUUGCCCCAAUUCAUCAAAUUUGUCAAAUUCCUGAAUCAAAAUUAAUGUUUCAAUCUGAUAUAACAACUCUUAGGAGGCUCUGUAAGUCAGGUGACACUCAAGCUGCUGUCUUUAUGCUCAGAGAGAUGGAAAAAAACAAGAAAUGUAAGCCCGGUGUAUCGCAUUAUAAUGUCGUAAUCAAUCGCCUUUGCAAAGAAGACCGUAUUUCGGAGGCGGUGGAUAUGUAUUGUGAGAUGAUUGUGCAAGGUGUUGGACCGGAUGUUUGGACAUUCAACUGUUUGAUUAGAGGCUUGUGUAAUUUGGGUUUGCGGAAAGAUGCACGCCAGUUGUUCGAUGAAAUGCUUGAGAGAAACGUUCCGCCAAAUGUGGUGACGUUUAAUGUUUUAAUUCAUUCACUUUGUAAAGAUGGGAGAAUUAGCGAGGCGGUUGAUACGGUUGGUGUUAUGAGGUCGUACCGGUGUGUGCCGGAUGUUGUGACGUAUAACAUAUUGAUUAACGGGUACUGCAGGGUCAAACGGAUAGAUGAAGCGUUGUGUCUGUUCACGGAAAUGUCGGGAAAGAGAAUACGCCCUGAUAUUGUGACGUACACGACUCUUAUUAACGGUUUGUGUCAAGUUGGUAGGCUUGAAGAAGCACUUCGUCGUUUUGACGAAAUUCAAGAUCGUGGUUUGGUUCCGGAUGUUGUUGCGUACUCCACUUUGAUUGAUUUCUUGUUUAAAAACGGUAAAUUCGAUGAAGCAGUCGCAUUGUUUAGGGCUAUGGAAGCGAUUAGAGUGGUCCCCAAUAUUGAUCUAUACAAUAUUCUUAUCGAUGGUAUGUGCAAAGCGGGAAAAGUUGAAGUCGGUGAGGAACUUUUUCGGAAACUUCCCGCGUUGGGGUUGGACCCCGGUUUUUAUACGUAUAAUAUUCUGAUAAACGGUUAUUGCAAGAGCAGAAUGAUAGUUGACGCCUUGAGACUACUUAAGGAAAUGUAUACAAAAAGCGUUAAUCCCACCAUUGUGACGUACAAUACUCUCAUCAACGGUUUGUGCCAUGUUGGCAGACUUAAGGACGCACUACUUAUUCUCGACGACAUUCAAAACCGUGACCUAGUUCCGAACAUCGUUACUUACUCUACUUUGGUAAAUUCUUUAUUUAAAAGCGAAAUGUUUGAUGAGGCGUUAGCGCUGUUAAGAACUAUGGAAGGUGUUGGAGUAAGCUCGAAUAUCGUUCUUUGGAAUAUCGUCAUUGAUGGCGUGUGCAAAGCAGGGAAAAUCGAUGUUGGUCGGGAACUUUUUCGGGAUCUCACUUCUAAAGGUUUGCAGGCUAAUAUACGUACGUAUAAUAUUUUGAUGAAUGGAUUAAUUAAAAAUGGUAAACUUAAGGAUGCAAAUCACUUGCUCCAGGAUAUGAUGAUCGCAGGCUGCAUGCCAGAUGCGUUUACGUUUAAUAUACUUAUUCAGGGAUUUCUUCGAUGGAAUGAGACGGAAAUGGCAAUUCAGUUUGUUAGACGAAUGCUCGAUGCUGGUUUUUCUGCAGAUGCACACACGUCAACAAACCUUGUGAAGUUGUUGACCACAAAAAAGUUGGACGAUGCGUCCAAAGAAGUGCUUAAAAAGUUUUUCCGGCUUACAUUAGAAAAUAAAAUAACAUAAAACUUAUAUAAUGAUCUAGGAACAACCUAGAAGGGAUUUUUUCAGAAAUACCAUAUAAUCUUAUGAAGAAAAAGAUUCUUCUGCGGAGCUGUUUUCAAUCAGAUCCAUAUGUUUGACUCAUUUAUACCGAUGAUGGUCAAGAGUGGUUCUUUCUACGAUUGUUUAGAUGACCACUUUUCACGAGAAUUCAUUGGAUUUUGGACAGGUCAUCCCAAGGAUCAGUGUGAGCUGUGAAGAUGAUAAGGUCUUAGCUAGCCCUUAAAAGCUGAACUCAAGUUAAAAUAUGUACAACUUCAACUGCAUGGGGCACGCGUCAUUAUAGCACCUUGCUCUCAGUUUUGAGUAUUGUUGUUCCAGACAUUGCUUUAGAAGAAGUUUGUCAAAAGGUUAAAGCGAAUUUGAUUUGAGGAUGAUCAUAUCUUUUUACCAAUAUAUGAGUGUUCGAUCCAAAUUCAAAGCGGCUUGACGAAUUUUAAAAGGGGAAGGAGAUCAUUAUCAAUAUCAAUAUCUAAUCCUGCUGUGGGCUUUCUGGAUAUUGCAGAGAGGAGAGUUUAGCCCUGUUGUCAUUUUUGUGUUGAAAAGCACGAAGUUAUUGAUCUGA